GCGGCGGCCAGAGGGGCAGGCAGGCGGGCGGCCGGAGGACGCAGACCCAGACCCGAGGCGGAGGCGGACUGCGAGCCGGCCAUGUCGGUGGUGGGGCUGGACGUGGGCUCGCAGAGCUGCUACAUCGCGGUGGCCCGGGCCGGGGGAAUCGAGACCAUAGCCAACGAGUUCAGUGAUCGGUGCACCCCAUCAGUUAUAUCAUUUGGAUCAAAAAAUAGAACAAUUGGAGUUGCAGCCAAAAAUCAGCAAAUAACUCAUGCAAACAAUACGGUGUCUAACUUCAAGAGAUUUCAUGGCCGAGCAUUCAGUGACCCCUUCAUUCAAAAAGAGAAGGAAAACUUAAGUUAUGAUUUGGUUUCAUUGAAAAAUGGUGGAGUUGGAAUAAAGGUAAUGUACAUGGAUGAGGAACAUCUGUUCAGUGUGGAGCAGAUAACAGCUAUGUUGUUGACUAAGCUGAAGGAAACUGCUGAAAACAACCUCAAGAAACCAGUAACAGAUUCUGUUAUUUCAGUUCCCUCCUUCUUUACAGAUGCUGAGAGGCGAUCUGUAUUAGAUGCUGCACAGAUUGUUGGCUUAAACUGUUUAAGACUUAUGAAUGAUAUGACAGCUGUUGCUUUGAACUAUGGAAUUUACAAGCAGGAUCUCCCAAGCCUGGAUGAGAACCCUCGGAUAGUAGUUUUUGUUGAUAUGGGACACUCAGCUUUUCAAGUGUCUGCCUGUGCUUUUAACAAGGGAAAAUUAAAGGUGCUGGGAACGGCUUUUGAUCCUUUCUUAGGCGGAAAAAACUUUGAUGAAAAAUUAGUGGAAUAUUUUUGUGCAGAGUUUAAAACUAAGUACAAGUUGGAUACAAAAUCCAAAAUACGAGCACUCCUUCGUCUGUAUCAGGAAUGUGAAAAACUGAAAAAGCUAAUGAGCUCUAACAGUACGGACCUACCACUAAAUAUUGAAUGCUUCAUGAAUGACAAAGAUGUUUCAGGAAAGAUGAACAGGUCACAGUUUGAAGAACUCUGUGCUGAACUUCUGCAAAAGAUAGAAGCUCCCCUUCAUUCAUUAAUGGAACAAAUUCAGCUCAGAGUAGAAGAUGUGAGUGCUGUGGAAAUAGUGGGAGGCGCUACACGAAUUCCAGCUGUAAAAGAAAGAAUUGCCAAGUUCUUUGGAAAAGAUAUUAGCACAACACUCAAUGCAGAUGAAGCAGUAGCCCGAGGCUGUGCUUUACAGUGUGCAAUCCUUUCUCCGGCAUUUAAAGUGAGAGAAUUUUCUGUCACGGAUUCAGUUCCUUUUCCAAUAUCUCUGAUUUGGAACCAUGAUUCAGAAGAUACUGAAGGGUAUGUACAGAAAAUAAUUUUGAGAAAUCAUUGCUUUGUAUUUUCCAGGUUUUGUAUUUUCUUACCUGUGUCCUUUAAAGCGAUUUAUGUCCAAGUCUAAAAUUGUCAGUUUCUUUUUGUUUUAGGCCGCUUUGUAGUUCAGAAUGUUUCUGCACAGAAAGAUGGAGAAAAAUCCAGGGUGAAAGUCAAAGUGCGUGUCAACACCCACGGCAUCUUCACCAUCUCCACAGCGUCCAUGGUUGAGAAGGUGCCAGCUGAGGAGAACGAAGGGGCUUCUGUGGAAGCAGACAUGGAGUGUCUGAAUCAGAGGCCACCAGAAAACUCAGACAUUGAUAAAAAUGUCCAGCAAGACAACAGUGAAGCUGGAACACAGCCCCAGGUACAAACUGAUGGUCAACAAACCUCACAGUCUCCCCCUUCACCUGAACUUACCUCAGAAGAAAACAAAAUCCCAGAUGCUGACAAAGCAAAUGAAAAAAAAGUUGACCAGCCUCCAGAAGCUAAAAAACCCAAAAUAAAGGUGGUGAAUGUUGAGCUACCUAUUGAAGCCAACUUGGUCUGGCAGUUAGGGAAAGACCUGCUUAACAUGUAUAUUGAGACAGAGGGGAAGAUGAUAAUGCAAGAUAAAUUGGAAAAAGAAAGGAAUGAUGCUAAAAACGCAGUGGAGGAAUAUGUGUAUGAGUUCAGAGACAAGCUUUGUGGACCAUAUGAGAAAUUCAUGUGUGAACAGGAUCAUCAGAAUUUUUUGAGACUCCUCACAGAGACUGAAGACUGGCUCUAUGAAGAAGGAGAAGACCAAGCUAAACAAGCUUAUGUGGACAAGUUGGAGCAGUUAAUGAAAAUUGGCACCCCAGUUAAAGUUCGAUUUCAAGAAGCUGAAGAACGGCCAAAAAUGUUUGAAGAACUAGGACAGAGGCUGCAGCACUAUGCCAAGAUAGCAGCUGACUUCAGAAAUAAGGAUGAGAAAUACAACCAUAUUGAUGAGUCUGAAAUGAAAAAAGUUGAGAAAUCUGUUAAUGAAGUGAUGGAGUGGAUGAAUAAUGUCAUGAAUGCUCAGGCUAAAAAGAGUCUCGAUCAGGAUCCAGUUGUGCGUGCUCAGGAAAUUAGAGCAAAGAUCAAGGAAUUGAACAACACUUGUGAACCUGUUGUAACACAGCCCAAACCAAAAAUUGAGUCACCCAAACUGGAAAGAACUCCAAAUGGCCCAGAUAUUGAUGGAAAGGAAGAAGAUUUAGAAGGCAAAAAUAAUUUCGGUGCUGAACCUCCACAUCAGAAUGGUGAAUGUUACCCUAAUGAGAAGAAUUCUGUUAAUAUGGAGUUGGACUAGAUAACAUUAAAUUGGCUUAUAUUCCUUCAAAUUAAUAAAAUAUUUUUGCCAUAGUAUGUGAUUCUAACAUAACAUACUAAGACUAUUUAUAUUUUCUUUUUUAAGGAUGUUUAGAAAUUUGUGUAUUAUAUGGAAAAAGAAAAAACGCUUAAGUCUGUAGUCUUUAUGAUCCUAAAAGGGAAAAUUGCCUUGGUAACUUUCAGAUUCCUGUGGAAUUGUGAAUUCAUACUAAGCUUCUGUGCAGUCUUACCAUUUGUAUCACUGAGGAUGAAAUUGACUUUUGUCUUGGAGAAAAAAAACUGUACUGCUUGUUGUAAGAGGGCUGUGAUGAAAAUCUUAAAGCAUUUGUUCUUGCCAAGGUAGUUUUCUUGCAUUGCUCUCCACUGCAGCAUGUGUGUGGGUGUGGAUGUUUAUAAACAAGACUUAAGUCUGAUUUCAUAAGGGCUUUCUACAAUCAGUUCUGUCCAAUAGAAUAAUAUGAUCUUUUGCUUUGAUAUUAAAAAUUUGAUGAGUAAAACAAAAGCUAGUGAAAUGUGUUAGCAGCAUGCUGAACAAAAACUUUAAAGUUCUCUCUCACUAUACAGUACAUUGUCGUGUGUAUGUGUGAAGUCGAAGAAAUGUUAAUCCUAUUGUAACUGAUGGUGAAAACUUGUAUGAGCUUUAAAAUAAAGUUCAUCCUAUGGUGUCAUUU